AAAAGUACAAAGAUGUGUCAGAAAGUAGCACAUGUGUGAACUGGCCUCAGUUUAUAUGGUAAAAAUAGUGCCCUACCGCCGAGGGACUAUCGUUUGAGCAGAGAUUAAGAAAAAUGCCUGAAUUAACCGAACUAGACAAAGCUGCCAGCUCCGAGCCCACAAAAAUUGAGGCUGCGAGAGUAGGAGUUGGAUCUGGAACUGAUUCCGAUUCAGACGAUACUAUUCCAGAAUUAGAAGAUGCCGGUGUCGGUGGCACAGCCGGUUUUCCAACUACAGCGGUUACUGGACUUCCCAUCGAUUUGGUCUCUAAAGCUAAACAAAGCCGUGGAGAGAAAAAAGCUAGAAAGCUUAUGAGCAAGUUAGGAUUGAAACCGGUACAAGGUGUCAAUAGGGUAACCAUUAGGAAAUCGAAGAACAUUUUGUUUGUUAUCAACAAGCCUGAUGUUUUGAAAAAUCCAGCUUCAGAUAUAUACAUUGUGUUUGGCGAAGCUAAGAUCGAAGAUUUGAGUCAACAAGCCCAAGUAGCGGCUGCUGAGAAAUUUAAGGAGCCACCUGUAAUUCCUGCGACCGAAGCCGGCGGUAGUACGACGGUCGUCGCUCCGAUACAAGAGGAAUCGGAAGAAGAAGUGGAUGACACGGAUGUCGAAGAAAAAGAUGUGGAUUUGGUGAUGUGCCAAGCUAAUGUCUCUAAAGGAAAAGCUAUUAAGGCUCUUAGAAAUAACAAAAAUGACAUUGUUAAUGCUAUUAUGGAAUUGACAAUGUGAUGAAGCUCUUUAGAAAUGGUUAUGCUAUGACGAAGCCUGUAUUUUGAAAUCACUAUUGGAUCAUCUAUGCAUCAUCGGAAACUCAUCAUUUCUUUCUUUUUCUCAUCGCAUUGCAAGAAACCACAUAAUUCCGUAAGACGAAGCCCAAAAUAGAGAUAAUCCUGGCAAUCUCUCGGGAAUCUAAAUUUACGUGUAUGUACAUAAUUCAUACGGAGUAAACAAAUAAAUACAUUAAGGACACAGUA